UAUGGAGUUAUGCCAUUUGUAGCACCUGAAGUAUUAAGAGGAAAGCCAUAUAAUCAAGCAGCAGAUGUAUAUAGUUUUGGUAUGAUUAUGUAUUAUAUUGCAACUGGAAGACAACCUUUUGCCAAUUGUGCUCAUGAUAGUGUGUUAGCAUUAAAUAUAUGUAAUGGAAUUAGACCUGAAAUAAGUGAACAAGAAGCACUAAAAUUUUAUAUUGAUUUAAUGAAAAAUUGUUGGAAUCCAGAUCCAGAUAAGAGACCAAGUGCUAUUGAAAUAAAAAAAUUGUUGUUAUUCUCAUGAUGAAGAAAUUGAAAAGCAAAUUGAAAAAGCAGAUGAAUAUAGAAGAACAAAUUUUUUGUCUACUGGAAAUAGUCAAUCAAUUCAUCCACAAGCUUGUUAUACUUCUCAAUCACUCAAUC